AUGUCCCCAGUCCUAGCGGUCACUAAGUCACAGACAAUAUGCUGCUAUGUCCCCAGUCCUGCCAUGGCGGUCACUAAGUCACAGACAAUAUGCUGCUUUGUCCCCAGUCCUGGCCUGGCGGUCACUAAGUCACAGACAAUAUGCUGCUUUGUCCCCAGUCCUGCCAUGGCGGUCACUAAGUAACAGACAAUAUGCUGCUAUGUCCCCAGUCCUGCCAUGGCGGUCACUAAGUCACAGACAAUAUGCUGCUAUGUCCCCAGUCCUGCCAUGGCGGUCACUAAGUCACAGACAAUAUGCUGCUAUGUCCCCAGUCCUGUCAUGGCGGUCACUAAGUCACAGACAAUAUGCUGCUAUGUCCCCAGUCCUGCCAUGGCGGUCACUAAGUCACAAACAAUAUGCUGCUAUGUCCCCAGUCCUGCCAUGGCGGUCACUAAGUAACAGACAAUAUGCUGCUUUGUCCCCAGUCCUGCCAUGGCGGUCACUAAGUCACAGACAAUAUGUUGCUAUGUCCCCAAUCCUGGCGGUCACAGACAAUAUGCUGCUAUGUCCCCAGUCCUGGCCUGGCGGUCACUAAGUCACAGACAAUAUGCUGCUAUGUCCCCAGUCCUGGCCUGGCGGUCACUAAGUCACAAACAAUAUGCUGCUAUGUCCCCAGUCCUGGCGGUCACUAAGUCACAGACAAUAUGCUGCUAUGUCCCCAGUCCUGCCAUGGCGGUCACUAAGUCACAGACAAUAUGCUGCUUUGUCCCCAGUCCUGCCAUGGCGGUCACUAAGUCACAAACAAUAUGCUGCUAUGUCCCCAGUCCUGCCAUGGCGGUCACUAAGUCACAGACAAUAUGCUGCUAUGUCCCCAAUCCUGGCGGUCACUAA